AUGGCUGACCCCUACCAAAACAAUAUACACCACCAAGGAGGGGGUGAUAGGUAUGGGACUUACGGAGAAGGCGGUGGCCAUGAUGGAUAUGGUUACCAGGCAGACUACCCUCCCCAGGAAGAGGACGCGGCGAGUGACGUGACCGAGGGGCACGAUGAAGAGGAUCAGAUGUACGAAGGAGAAUAUCAAGGGAUACCACAUCCUGACGAGGUGAAGGCUGCGCAGAGAGCCGCACGGGCUAAAACCCGAGCGGCCGGCAGUGCGGUCUCUGAACUCGAGGAGCUAUCUGAACAGUACCAGGACAUCAUGGAGGACUGUGGCCACGGGAAGUUCCAGUGGACGCUGUUCGUGGUGCUGGGCCUGGCUCUGAUGGCAGACGGAGUGGAAUGUUUUGUGGUUGCGUUCGUUCUACCGUCUGCAGAGAAAGAUCUGUGUCUGUCCAAUGCAGAGAAAGGAAUGUUGGGUCUGAUGGUCUUCCUGAGCAUGAUGGUGGGAGCUUUCCUGUGGGGUGGCCUGGCAGACAAAGUUGGCCGUCGGCGUUGUCUGAUUGUGGCAUUAGCUAUAAACUGUAUCUUUGCCUUCCUGUCCUCCUUCGCCCAGGACUACGGCUUCUUCCUCUUCUUCAGGCUGCUGUCUGGCAUCGGAAUUGGCGGCACGGUGCCGAUUGUGUACUCGUACUUCUCUGAGUUUCUUCAGAUGGACAAGAGGGGCGAGCAUCUGUCCUGGCUUUGUAUGUUCUGGAUGAUCGGUGGGAUCUAUGCCUCAUUCACUGCCUGGGGGGUCAUACCCAGAUAUGGCUGGGGGUUCAGUAUGGGCACAGAGUUCCAGUUCCACAGCUGGCGGGUGUUUGUCCUGGUCGCUGCUCUUCCUGCUAUUGCCUCUCUGGUCGGACUCACCUUCAUGCCUGAGAGCCCCCGCUUCCUGCUGGAGAAUGCCAAGCAUGAUGAGGCGUGGAUGAUCCUGAAGCAGGUCCAUGACACCAACUGGAGGGCCAAGGGACAGCCAGAAAAAGUCUUCACUGUGACUCACAUCAAGGCUCCAAAGACAGCAGAGGAUGAGUUUAUUGAGAUUCAGACUGCAACAGGAACAGCUGCCCAACGCUGGGCUGUACGCUCACUCACACUCUGCAAACUGGUGUUGAGGAACGUAGCAUCUCUCCUAUCUGCAGAACUGAGGUUUGCUACGCUCUUCAUGGCCAUCAUCUGGUUCUGCAUGGCUUUCAGUUACUAUGGUCUGUCUGUUUGGUUCCCUGACAUGAUCAAACACCUUCAGUACGAGGAGUACCAGUCCAAGGUCAAGGUGUUCCAUAAAGAGCGAGUAGAGAAAUUCCAUUUUAACUUUUCUUUGGAGAACCAGAUCCAUAAAGAAGGAGAAUACAUCCAGGACAAGUUCAUCAGUAUAGAGAUGAAGUCAGUAAAGUUUGAGGACUCACUGUUUGAAGACUGUAGCUUUGAGGACGUCAAGUUCACAGACACAAUAUUUGAGAACUGCACCUUCCGCUUCACUGUCUUCUCUAACACAGACGUGUGGGAGGAGAAGUUUAUCAACUGUAGGCUGGAGAACACCACCUUUGAGCACAACAAACACGGCUGUCACCUGGACACUGUUGAGGAGAACGACGUUCUUAUUUACCUGGUCAGCUUCCUGGGCAGUCUGGCUGUGUUGCCAGGCAACAUCAUCUCAGCUCUCUUCAUGGAGAAGAUCGGCAGGGUCAAGAUCAUAGGUGGAUCCAUGCUCAUUUCAGCAGGCUGCACCUUCUUCCUGUUUCUGAGCUUCAGCCAAUCAGCAAUCAUUGCCCUCCAGUGUCUGUUCUGUGGUGUCAGUGUAGCUGCAUGGAACGGCAUUGAGGUGGUGACUGUGGAACUGUACCCUACAUCGAAAAGGGCCACAGCGUUCGGCGUGCUGAACGCUCUGUGUAAGCUGGCGGCGGUGCUCGGCAGCUCUAUCUUCAGCAGCUUUGUGGGCGUCACCAAAGCCGUCCCCAUCCUGCUGUCCUUCGCUGCGCUGGUGUGUGGCGGCCUGGUGGCCCUCAGACUACCUGACACGCGAGAGAAAAUCCUGCAGUGA